AUGAACACUCGAAUUGGUCGCCGACCACUGAUUUUUUUCGCCUUGGUGGUGUAUUGGAAAUCCUACCUGCCCCGCAUGCAUCCGCUCUCCAGUCCGCCUCCUUUGCUCCGUCCAAGCAAGACCCAUUACAACUCCAACUGGUGUUUGAUCAUAAAUGCGCUCAGCAUGGAAAACAGGCUUGCCAACAAAAUCGACAAGCCUCGGAAGUGUCCUCCAAAGUUGAACCUGAACCCCAGUAACAUUAAGAAUCAAAUUUAUGAACUUCUGGCAUGUCCUCAAAAGGAGCAGGCUGUUUUGUCAGCCUUGUUUGGUAUCUCUUCAUCACUUCCAUCAGAAUCUUCAUCAGAGUCAGAUUCAUCAGAUUCUCCAUUGGGAACUUCGUUCAGAUCUGAAUUUUAUUUAGUUUCAACAGCUGAUGAUAACUUUGGCUUCAGAUCAUUUGCCAUUGGGAAUGACCUCAAGGAUAGGUUUCAAUACCAACAACAUGGUAAUUCAGAUUCAGUUUCAACCUCAUGGAAUGCUCCAAAGGAUUCAGCAGCUCUUUCCGAGCAAUUUGUUCGGGAUUAUGCAGUUGAUGCUCAAGGGAGUUAA